AUGGCUCGUACGGCGUUGGAAGAAUGGGAUGCGUUUGGCGUCUUUGAAGGCCCACCACCGUCCCCCGCCACACAUCUCACUAUCCGGCAGUAUGUGAGUCUGGUGCAGUGGGUUGGGCAGCGGCUGAAGUUAGAUAACGUCUCAUUUCGUUUUAACCUUCUGUUGCCCGGGGAUGGGAAUGAGGAUGCUGUUGCGCUCCGUGCCUGUGGUCACCCACCCGUGUGUGUUCACUUGGCUCGCGAGGAGGGGCUUCAUGCGAUGCAGCAUCCGGAUUCACUCCCUACCAUUGCAUGCGACAAAGCAAACACUGCGGCGCACGCGCUCCCGCACGUGCAUUGUUUGUUCUGCUUGCGCGAAAGCCAGGGAGGGCAGCACCUGGCAGCUCUACCGGAUCUUCAUCAGGGUUUGCUUGGCCACUACAUGGACCAUAUGCAAACACGAAAUGAAUGCCUGGCCCUCCUGGAAGGUGAGGCGGCAGUCUGCAUGAGUGAGGCAGGCUGGGAACCAGACCUCUCGCGUGCGGCGCAGCAGGAGAAGCUGGAACACACCGCAGACUCCGCAGGACGACAUGGGUGUUUCAUUGCCUCUGUCGGCACGGCGACUUGUCCAGUUGUUGUGGUGUACUGUGCGGUGUGUGACCAGCUGGCCCCGCUUGCAACCUUCGUCACAGCAACGAAGGAUGCCGCAAACAACGUCGACAGCAGCGAUGACAACAAAACAGGCUCACAACAACACUUUGAGGCAGCGAGGAGUGUGGAGGAGGCUGAAACAAUCUUGGCGCGUCUUUUACUCGCGUGUCAACUGCUCUGUGCGAUGCGGUGCGAACCCGCCCAGGCGGGACGGGUCUCUGCGCCUCAGGUGCAGCCGGAAACGCACAUUUUUCUGGCUACCCCUCUUCUUUUUGGUGUCGAGAAGGAGGCGCUAACGGAGGAGUUUGAAAGCGGCGCGGUGAUUACGCAUAGUUCCGUUAUUUUACCCAUGGCCACCUUGGGUGGCCCGCCAGAGGCGCCGCAGCUUUGCCUGAUGGACCAGGAAGCAAUGCUGCGUUCACUGAAGGACCAAUUGCCGCCCUACUGCUUCACAGACGCCGUUGUGGGCUUUAUGAUGGCGUGGCCCACGGAGGCAGACACGGACGCGAAAGUUGCGUGGGUGCUACGGCAAGAUGGCGGCCUGCGUGUGCAGCGGCGGCUGGCGUACGUGGAGGACACGGAUGAGUGGGUCAUCGCACGUGUGUUUUACCACCCUGACACAGCCCUGUUGGGGUGCCGCAGCCAAGAUAAGGCGGCCGAUACAUCUGACGGUGGCAUUCGCGUGCGAAACGACUGCUGUGUUUUCAGGAUGCUGCCGCUAACACUUCUGCAGCAAUACACAUUUGAACCUCUCUGCACGCGAGCAGGCGUGGCUAGCUACACGACUGAUGCGGGUGACACUAAUAGUCCUCCUCAGACAAAACACAAGCUCGAUGAGGUGGCGGAUGCAGAGCUACUGGGCUGUCCAUACAGUGCGGAGGCCAGAACAAUCCAGUUUUUUGCAGGCAUGAUGGCGCUGGCCAAGGCGAUGAAGACGAUAGCUGACCAUGUGAAGGAGAACCAGCCAUAUGAAUAA